AUGAAAGCUACCGUUAGAGACAUUAUUAUUCUCAAUAUUUUGGUAGCUACAUUUCUAUUUGUGGGAGCAGGGAUUUUUCACGCCCUCGAAAGUCCAAACCAGUAUGGCCAAGAUCACCAAUUUUACGAACAAAUCAAUCAAGCUACUUUAGAUAGCUUACACAAAAACCUGAGCGUACACAUGCUGAAGGAUGAAUUCGAUAACUUGGUAAAAAACGUUUACAAAUUGAAGGUAACUUGUCCAUCAAGAGCAUCGAGUAGUUAUAACUGGACGUAUUCCGGUUCGCUCUACUUUUCAGCAAAUGUUAUAACAACUAUUGGUAUGUAUUUUAUAAUUUGACAUUCACAUUAUCUAUAAGUCUCAAUUAGAAGUGGUCGUAGGUUUUUAAGCAUAUACUACUUCCUGCCAUGGUGCGACAAAGUGUCAGCCUUCACAGGGUAUCAAUCCUAAAUUUUCAGAGUACUUUAAAAACAAAGGCUUAUCUUUCCCUUUGCGUUUCCCGAUGAGGGAAUACAUCGGGCCAGGCUAAGUACCGAGAUAAUUUAAAUAUGAUGAUACGUAAUCUUAGAAUAAAGGUAAGGUUUGGAUUACGAAUCAUACUGGACGGACUAUUGUAUGGAAAGUAGCUAUAAAUGGGCGUACUUUGAACAUGAUCGGCAUAAGAAUGUUUCACUUACAGAGAAAGAGAGACCCCCCUUUUAACCUCGACGUAAAAGGGAUUGAAAAAGACAUAAAUGAGUAUGAAUGAGUAUAACUCAUCCUGUUCAGCACUGAAUUGCUGAGAUUACUUAACGCCAUGUUCAAAUCCGUCGUAACUUUUUGUACGGGUUUUUGGCAAAUCUCAACGAAAUCUUGAAUCACUCAGAAUCGACUCCGACAAAGGGAAUAUUCGGAGCACCGAACCUACCCCCUUUCAGUAUACGGACUGCAGACUCUUACCACUUAACCGGGUCCCCAGGGAAAUCGAGGUUGCUUACCACUAAGCCAUGGGAUACUCAUCACCUAUUUUAUUUCAUUCCAGGUUAUGGACAUAUGACACCCUCAACCUUCGCUGGUCGAAUGUUCUGUAUUUUCUACGCGUUAGUUGGAAUACCCUUGUGCAUGUUAACACUGAAGGUGAUGGGCGAUAAAAUAAACGAACUACUGGGAAGCUUCUUCAUCAUGAUCAGUACCAAACGCCAGCUCAGAGACGGCAAGGGGACUAAAAUCAAAGUCAUGUUAACACUGACAGGACUAGUCUUAGUCUUCCUCUUUCUCGGAGGAACGCUUUAUUUAUCAGAGGACUGGAGCUAUUUCGAUGGAGUGUACUAUUGCUUUAUAGGUAAAGUUAUAAUGAGCUACCGCAUGUCAAUAGAGGUCUUGGAAUUUCAUUCAUUAUUUAUUCGGAGAAGUGUAGAUUAGUGAUCCUAUCGCGAUCAAACCCCUUACGCGAUAUUUGCUCUUGUUGAGUUUUAUUUGCCAUUAAUUAUAAGAGGAAACUUGGGAAAGGUUGUAUAAUACAUGUAUAAUUACUUUAUCCAAAUAUCUUUUCUUUUUUCAAGAAAUUAGUAGAAAGUAGAAACCUUAGCUUUUCAUUACUUUCAGUUGCUUAACUUUUACAAAUUUUACUCGUUUGACCACGUCACUAAGCUUCCUAAACCCGUUUGUGCUCAUACUCGUCGUCAACAGGGCUUCUCCGUUUUCUAAUUGAAGAAAAAGUCCUGCGGAUGAAGUUGAUCAAUGGCAACAUUAUAUAAGGAUAACACACAGGCAGUGUCACUCACUUAGCCCACAGUUAUUAGAGGAGACUGGUUAUGAAAAGCGGCAAACAUCAAUGAUAAGAACAACAGUGCUGCAGUUUAUGUUGGAAGUACCGUGAAAGUGCACAAUCCUUUGUUUUCUGUUGGCAAAUUGUUACGGAAUAAAUUAAUGCAACGUUUUUAUUGGUCAAUACAAUCAAAAUGAUAGGAAUUCUUUUGAACGUUGUGCACUUUCAGGUCCACAAAAACAUAUAACAAAGGAGUCUGACGGGUUUCCUAACCAUUCCACGCAAUGAACUAUGCUUAGCCCUAAAAUGAACUCAUUAUACCGUGUUUGUUUCAGCAUUGAGUACCAUUGGGUUUGGGGAUAUGGUCCCCACAAAAGGCAGCGCACCCUCAUCAGCGAUUCAAACACUGGAAUAUAUCAUCCGGGGUUUAUACCUUGUAAUUGGCCUCGUCCUGGUGUCGAGUCUUGUUUCGUCUGUGGUAUCUGCCUUAAAGGUGUUGGAUGGAUGGGAUUGUUGUAGGCGGACAAGAUGUGAGUAUAAAUAA